AACAGGAAGUUACACUAUGGUCUUUUGUUAUUGCUGUUGAAACGUGUUGUGUCUGCUUACAUUUCACACACUGUAUGCUUCACAUAAGUGAACACACAUCAUGGAGUGUAAAGAACUUCAUGUUAAAAUCAUCUUCAGCAUUUUUAUGGCAGUUUGGGAUGUGGGAGCUCCUGUAGAAACUGAGGGUGUCUCUCAGUCUACUCCAGUGAUGAAGGCUAAGACCGGGACUGCUGCCACGUUGGAAUGCUUUGUACCCCCAAAAAGAGUGAAUGAUCCUUUAGUUUGGUACAAGCAGAGUGUUGGGCAGAUGCCACUUGUGUUAGGGACAGCUCAUCAUUUUGUGUCUCCAAUACUCUACGGUGAAUUCAACAAUAGCCGUUUCAGCAUACACAAAGGAUCUGGAUUAUCCCACCUGUCUAUAUCAAACAUUCAAUUAUCUGAUGAAGCUUCUUACUACUGUGGAGUCAGGAUUGUUUAUGAUAUUCACUUUGGAAAUGGAACAUAUUUGUUUGUGGAAGAAAAAGAUCAGCUGAGGUCCACAGAUGUGAUCCAGGUUGCACUAUCAGGUCCAAUUUACCCGGGUGAUUCAGAGACACUGGAGUGUGUGGUGCUGGCUAACAGCACAACUGAAGAUCUCAGAGUGUUCUGGUUCAGACCCGCUUCAGGAGGUUCCCAUCCAGGGGUCAUUUACACCAACAAGAGCUGGACUGGGCCGUGUGAUGAUCACUGUGUCUACAGUCUCCCAAAGAAGGACGUCAACAUCUCUGAUGCUGGAACCUACUACUGUGGCAUAGCGACAAGUGGACAAAUACUGUUUGGCAAUGGAACAUCAAUUGUGAUUGCUGAUCCAGUAGACACUGUGCUGGUUGGUUUGGUUGUGGCUUUGGGUUGUUGUGUCACAUUGAUGCUUUUUCUGGUUUGGUUGAAUUGCCAGAGGAGAGUUACAUGUGACACCUGUAAGAUGAGAGACUUGCAGCUCGUUAGAGAUGGCAGCUCUAAUAGCACACAAAGAAGUGGUCAGAUGCAUUUGGAUGAUGUGAUAUACACAAUGGUGAUUUACAACAUCAAGACAUUUAAGUCUCAGAGGAAGUGAACUCUGUAGUUUGUUUGGUGUAUGUAGUCCAUGUUUAAUAUUCUGUGACAUUCUGGUAUAAUAACAUGUUGUUGGCUGUUGUUUGUUGUCUGUCUAUCUGAUGAGCUGUAUGGUGCAAGACGAAUUUCCGAAAGGAUCAAUAAAUAUAUAUCUACCCAUCUAUCUAUAUCACUUUAAUGUGAUGUAAACAGGAUGUGUAUGAUGAAUGUGUGUCAACUAUAUUACAAUGUAUGUAUAUAAUUUCAUAUAUUUUCAUGUCAA